AUGUCCACCUCUGACGCAGAACGCAAAUACCGAGUCUUCAUUCCCGACUUCUUCGACGGCAGUCCCGCUGACAUCGCCUGGUACCCCCCAGACACCGACGAGAAGAAAGAGAAAUGGGGCGCCUUCUUCAAGGACAGAGCUCCUCCACCAAACACCCUUCCUCGCAUCCCCCAGGUUGUCGAGGAGAUCAACAAGAACCACUGCCCCGGUGGCGCUGGUUUCAAGUCAUGGGGUAUUGUAGGGUACUGCUGGGGAGGAAAGAUUACCUCUCUCCUCUCUGCCAAGGACACCCUCUUCAAGGCUGCUGUCCAGGUUCAUCCUGCCAUGAUUGAUCCCAAGGAAGCCCUGGAGGUCACUAUCCCCAUGUGUAUUCUGGCUUCAAUGGAUGAAGAUCCCAAUGAGAUUGAGAAGUAUAAGGACAACCUCAAGGUUGAGAAGUUAGUUGAGACCUAUGGUGACCAGAUCCACGGCUGGAUGUCUGCUCGAGGCGAUUUGAAGAACCCCACUGUUAAGAAAGAGUAUGAGAAUGGGUACAAGUCCGUUAUUGCCUUCUUCAGGGCGCAUUUGUGA